UGGUGCGUAGCUGCGUGCAGUGUUUGCUGUCUGAAUCUCAGUUGCUAUUUGUGUGAGUGAGUGGGUGUCUGUGUGGGAAGGGGUUCAGGUGAAGAACGUAACUGUGCAUGUUGUAAAGGAGAGAUAGCACACAGUAAAACCACCUCACUGCCUCCCAGCUUGGCUCGGCACACAGCUCAACGUUUAUUUCAAAGGAUUUGCAACGUACAAAUCGGAAACAGAGAUUUCAGGCUGAUCGGUGGGUAAAACACAAGUGAGAGGACUGGCACAUCGGCUGUUAAUGGAGAACUGGUCGAAUGACAGCCGGCACCGUAGUGAUCACAGGUGGAAUAUUGGCGGCAGCGAUCCUACUGUGUAUCAUAGCCGUGCUGUGCUACUGUAGACUGCAGUAUUACUGCUGCAAGAAAGAGGAGUCAGAUGAGGAUGAGGAAGAGCCAGACUUUGCCAUGCAUUCCCGCUUCCCACCCGGUCACUACAGUUACAAUGUAGGCAACGGACCUAAUAUCUUCGCCUCACCCUACGCCCGGGACCACUUGCACUCCAGGACUCUGUGUGCCAGCUGCUCCUUCUACGAGCAGCCGUACUUCCUCCAUCAACUGGAAGAGAUGCACAAUGGGGGCGAGCGGGUCAGCUACAACACGCUGAGCGAGGAGGACCUGGAGAUGCCAUUAAACCUGCUGAGUGUCCAGAACCUGCCGAGUCUUCAGAGCCUGCCGCUGGGGAGACCUCGAACAGCCAGGGAGGCAUUCAGCCGCAGCAGGAGCAUCAGCACUGAUGUCUGAGAGGCAGAGCCACAUGGCUUCUCUACCGGUGAGAGAGUGGUGGGCUUUCUAUAUCAAUACAUAGA